AUGCGUGAACCCAAUCUGUCAUUUCCAGCUCAGAGCAAGGCUGCUGUAUGUAUUACAUCAGCCCUUUAUGAUCGUCGUGCGCUGGAUUGCACUGCUACACUACCACUUAUCAACUCCUUAACGCAUCUGGUCUAUUUGACAUCGACAUCACCGCGCAUCCGGGAGAUUCUUUGUCUUGAUGGUGGUUUAGAAAGGCUAAUUCGUGUGCUUUCACCUAGCAAUUCCCAAACUGAUCGCCGUAGUUUGUGGAAAUGGUCUCUUGCAUUCCAAUGUGUAGUGAAUGUGGGUGUUAGAGGCACUGAGCAUAUCAGAACCAAAGUAGUUGAAGCAGGGAUGGUACCGAUAGUGCUGAGAGUGCUUGAAAACUUUUUAAGAGCUCUCGAAAUAGUUCGUCAAGAAAGUGAACGCACUAAAGGUAGCCAUCCAGACCCAAAUCCAAUACCAGUACGAAGACUGUCUCUACACUCAUUGUCCUCACUUCUCACAAACGAACUAGAUGGAUUAGUAACCCCUCCCAUUACUACUGCCACCACAGUAGCAUCAACUAAACCUCCUACAAAUGCACACAACCGUAUUAUUCGUCGCGCACCUUAUCCAAAGACGAGCCCUGAACAACGCCGUCGUAAUCGUAUAACCCGUGAAUUACCACGCGCUGCUCCUACAUGGCAGGAUCCUCGUUCGCCAUCUAUUGAUAAUGUUUUCUACCGCGAAGAAGACAUUAUGUUUUCUUUGCAAUUACUGGCUUAUUUGUCCAAGUAUCCACACAUCCGCACUCUUUUUCACACUGCAUACGACAACAAUGUUUUUUCUAUUGUCGAACGUUUCUGCCAUAAACUUCAUCCAUCUGGUAUCCAGUAUUGGGCUGGCGUUAUAAUGCGUAAUGCAUGUCGCAAAGACGAAUCUCGUGGAGGUACCCGCCGUUGUGCUAAUAUGGCUUGUGGCAAAUGGGAACUCCUUCCCCGCGAAUUUGCAAAAUGCCGCCGCUGUCGUAAAGCUAAAUAUUGUAGCAAAGCAUGCCAAAGCAAGGCAUGGGCAGAUGGUCACCGCUGGUGGUGUGUAGAACGAACCGCAAUCUCUGCCUCCGCCCCAGGGACUACUGCUCCCAAUCAUAAUCCUCCCACAACCACAACCACCACUACUACUGCACCAGAAGCGGAUCCUCGCCGAAGUGUCCACGAAAAUAAUCAAGCAACCAUUGUCGUCAACGAACUUACACUCCCUACACAUGCUCAUGAUAUAGGCCAUAUUGAACCAGAACUUACAGACCAGACAGGCACCGAGAGCAGGCUACUCCCUGAUAUGGGGGUUCAUAUGGAGCUCUAA